CGGCGGUUUAGACUUUCAGAGUUUCUCAGCCGCAUCAGUAAUGCUAUCGCCACUGCUCCUUCUGCCGCUCUUGGCCUUGGCCUCCGCGGCCAGCGUUCCGCACAUCCAGCACCUGACUUCGAGGGCCGUGGAUGGAGGGGAACCCGUGGAGUUCCAGCCGCGGAUCAUCGACGGCUUCGACGUGCAGGGCGUGGACAACGUGCCCUACCUGGUGUCCCUCUCCCUGACGAGAAGCACCUACACCCACCAGUGCGCCGCCUCCAUCAUCGGCAAGCGGUGGCUCCUGACGGCGGCCCACUGCGUGAACGAGCUGCGCGAGUUCAACGGGGACGCGGUGGGCACGCCCGUGUACGCCGGGAUCGUCAACCGGUCGAACGUGACCAGCGCCCAGGUGCGCUACGUGGACUUCGCCUCCACGCACCGCUCCUUCGACGGCACCGCCGGCAGCGACAACAUCGCCCUGCUGCACGUGUCCGAGAGCUUCGAGUACAGCGCGAGGGUGCAGCAGAUCGCCCUGCCGGACAUCAACGACGACUACAGCAACCGGACCGCCGCCGCCUACGGCUGGGGCCUCACCGACGCCGACGGCGAGGAGUACUCCAAGGAGCUGCAGUACGCCUUCGCCCCGCUGCUGAACAGCACCGCCUGCCAGGAGCUGCUCCCCGCGGACGCGCCCCUCACCAGGCAGCAGGUGUGCUCCCGGGUGAAGACCUGCUACGGCGACGGCGGCACCCCGCUCAUCUACUGGCCCAUCUCCGGACCCGCGGAGCUGGUGGGGCUCGGCUCCUGGAGCUACAUGCCCUGCGGCUACGGCAACCGGCCCACGGUGUACACCUCGGUGCCGCCCUACGUGGGCUGGAUCCACCAGGUGAUCGCCGCCUACUACCAGCUCAACUGAAUUGUGUACUAUAUGCUAGAAUAGUGAAUGCCUUAAGCAGAUCUUUGCGUAAUGCCCCGGCAAUGCAUUGGAGUAAACAGCGCGGGUUCCGUAUCUAAUCACGGAACUCGCCGAAUGCGAAUCGAACAGCGAA